UGAGUUUUAAUUUUGUUUCAGGACAUCGCCUUCUAUGAAUAACACUACAACAGCUCCUGUUGUUGUCUCUAACCAUACCAAUACUGUGGUAUGUCCCAACACUACAAGUCAAAGGAAAAGGAGAAAAAGAAAAACAUCUUCCUCAUGUGCUCAACCCUCUUCUCCACUACACAUCAAACAGGAAGUGGAAGAAAGUGAAUUGUCUGAUUUAAGGGGAGAUAAAGAAAUUACAGAUACUGGCACAGUAAUAAGUGAAGAUGUUGCUAGCAUUGAAUUUGAAGAAGGAGACUUUAUUGGGAUUAAGUCUGAAAUGGAAGAGUCAGACAGUGCACUAUUCACUAGCAGUGAGCACAACAAAGAGAGCAGGAUGACUGGCAGUAUGACCGAGAGACUUAGACCACCUCCUAGCAGUCAGUCAUUGUACAUAUCAGACCAACAAUGAACGUGUGCUUGUAUGCUCUCUCUGUUCUAUAUCAUUUACAAGCAGUCAAGAUUUGAGAAAUCACCAGAACGAACAGCACCCAGACAAUCCCUACGCAAAGACCAAACCCCCUAAUGAAAACCAAAUCAGCUCCAAGAGACGGUGUAUUGAGGCAGGCACCACUUACUACUCCCCAACCUUACCUGGCCCUUAUACAACACACAGAGAUUCCUCGUUGAGCACAACCAGCCAAGAGCCCAGUACACUGGAAUCUACAAACGAUCCUUUGGCAUAAUAAUCAUAUAUUUGUAAGAAAUAACACUUUCACAUGGGGGUCAUGACAUUUUUUUAAUUGUGAUGUUGAUUGAAUUUGUAUCAGACGUUGACAUUAACUAUUAUUUCUUUUAUAAGAAACAUUUUGUUUAAUUUAUUGAAAUUAAUUUCUUUAAGUAUUUCAGUUUUAUAUUCUAGUUUGUAUUGUUACACAGAAAAAAAAAUACAAAUAGAAUAAAUAUUUUGUAGUAAAGCUGUUUUGUAAUAACUAUAUGCGAAUAAAAAAUAAUAUGUCAAUGUACAAAGUUUUAAACUUUAUAAUACAGUGUUGUACAUAUUGUAAAUAACUGUUUAGAACACCACCACUGGUAUGUGUAUUUUCACUGUAAUUUAUUGUUAUUAUCUAUAAUUAAACAUUAGUAUUUUAGAAUACAUCUUAUUAUUAUAAAUUGAAACUCCCAAAUUUAAAUACAUUGAAGUUACUAUCUAUUAGAUGAGUUGUGACAACUGUAUUAAAAAAGUAAACCGGUUUAAAUUAUAUUUUUACAGCAAAUAUUAUAGAUUCUGGUUUAAAAAAUAAAGGUAAACAAUACUUUUAACCUCUGCCUUUCUGUUAUUCAUUGUUAUUAUCUAUACAGUUAACUUUUUAUUAAAAUAUUCCUAUGUUUACUUAGUGAAUAACUGAACAAAUCAGUAUUGAUAACAAAUAAUAUAACUCAUUACAACCUUUAAGUCUAAAACAAUUUAGAAAAAGAAAGUAAUUAAUUCUGGCGUGUAGACUUUUUUGUUGUUGAAAGUUUUUGUUUGAAUGAAUACAUACCAUUUUCUGUAAAAUUUGUAAAGUAAUUUUAAAUAUAUUAUUUUUUUAAUGGA